UUCCACGAGGGUAUUUGGAUGGUGGCACCCUUCUGUUUGGACGCACAGAAGUCCCAGGUCUGCAGACGUCACGGGUUGGGGGAGCUUUGUUUUGCGCCCUCCUCUCAGGCGGCCAACACAAGUUGCAUGAUCCAGCCAAGGGACGGGACGCUCUCUUCCUCCCGCAUGGUGGAUAUCCUGCUCAAUGCCUCUUUCUUGGAUGAUAUGGGGGAUCUUUCCAAAAAGAAAUCAGGAUUCGCGAUGUGCGUGGGCUGCGGGAGUCAGAUACACGACCAGUACAUCAUGAGGGUGUCCCCGGACCUGGAGUGGCAUGCAGCCUGCCUCAAGUGCGCGGAGUGCAGCCAGUACCUGGACGAGAGCUGCACUUGCUUUGUCCGAGACGGAAAGACUUAUUGUAAAAGAGAUUAUGUCAGGUUAUUUGGCAUAAAAUGUGCAAAAUGCAAGACGGGCUUCUGCAGCAGUGACCUGGUGAUGAGAGCCCGGGAGAGUGUGUAUCACAUGGAGUGUUUCCGGUGCUCCGUCUGUAGUCGACACCUCCUGCCCGGGGACGAGUUCUCGGUGCGGGACGACGAGCUGCUUUGCCGGGCUGACCAUGCCUUGUUGAUGGAUAGAACUGCUGAUAGCACGCUAAGCCCCGGGAACAUUCACUCUCGACCCCUGCACAUUUCUGACCCGGUCUCCGUUCGUCACCCACCUCAUCAUCGGAACCACAUCCAAAAGCAGUCCGAGAAGACCACACGGGUCCGGACGGUGCUGAACGAGAAGCAGCUGCAUACGUUGCGGACUUGCUAUAACGCCAACCCGCGGCCCGACGCGCUGAUGAAGGAGCAGUUGGUGGAGAUGACCGGUUUGAGCCCCAGGGUGAUCCGAGUCUGGUUCCAGAACAAACGCUGCAAAGACAAGAAAAGGUCCAUUCUGAUGAAGCAGCUGCAGCAGCAGCAACACUGCGACAAAACGAACCUGCAGGGCCUGACAGGAACGCCCCUGGUGGCAGGCAGUCCCAUCCGCCACGACAGCACUGUGCAGGGCAACUCCGUGGAGGUGCAAACCUACCAACCACCUUGGAAGAGCCUCAGUGACUUCGCCUUGCAGAGCGACCUGGAUCAGCCCGUCUUCCAACAACUGAUGUCUUUUUCUGAGUCCGGUUCGUUGGGGAACUCUUCCGCCAGCGAUGUCACCUCGCUGUCAUCUCAGCUUCCGGACACGCCGAACAGCAUGGUACCGAGUCCAGUGGACACGUGAGGAGCUCGUAAAUACACGAGAGGAGUUCAGAACAAAACAAUCACAAGAUGCUGCUGUUGGAUUUACUCGAGGAGGAUACUGGACAAUUUAUUUUUUCAUUUUUGCUCAAGGGCAUUAAGGAAGCGGACUCGCCUUGUGGGAUUCGAACGUGGUGACAAAUGUGUCUCUGCGGAAGCCAGAAUACAAUAUGUGGAUGUGCAUGGCAUCGUUUUAUUAUCGACGCGGACAAAUAAGUUAUUAUUAUUUAUUAUUAUAACGACAUAGCCAAAAUGACUAAUAAAACGAUGGUUUCAUUCA